AUGGGUCAUGCAUCAACGCUUGGUGCAUCACAUUGUGAAUUUUAUUUGCUUUCAUUCGUAAUAAUUUGCUCAAGACGUCAGUUGACAAGAUUCCAGUGUACUCAAGCACACCAAUGCCUCAUAUGCCAGCAAAGAGAUCGUCGGCAGCUUGACCAGGACCACGUGACCUGCAACACUGGUACGUUGUGCCGUCAAACAGCGGAGCAAGGUUCAAAGGUAUUUAGACAAGUUUGCUGCAUCAUGCAAAACGAGGCGGAAUUACGGGAAAGGGUAACCAGGGUAUUAGGCCGCUUGUUUCUCAAUAUAGCAUCUGCAGAUGAAUAUUGA